UCUGUAUUAAAAGAACUCAUGGGAAAAGUCAAAAAUGAACGAACUAUGGUAAUUGGGGCCACUGGGAAAAAGAUGUAUCCUUGGACGACUGCCAGAACAAUAGACCUGGGGAGGAACCAGGUAUCCCACUCGUUCCUAAUUAUUCCUGAGUGCCCAACCCCUUUGUUGGGGAGAGACUUACUAACAAAAUUGAAGGCCCAGAUUAAGUUUUCCUCGACUGGGCCCGAACUGACUUGGGACGACAAAACACCCGGGACUUUUACACUAUCGCUUCAUUUGGGGGAAGAAUAUAGAAUCUAUCAGAAGAAGGGGGAACCGUCAAAAGACAUACACACCUGUCUAACCCGUUAUCCCCAAGCAUGGGCAGAGACAGGAGGGCUGGGGAUGGCAAGGCAGGUCCCUCCAAUCGUCAUUGAGUUAAAAUCUGGAGCUACCCCCACAGCGAUACGACAGUACCCUCUGAGGAGAGACGCCUUAAAGGGAAUGCGGCCACAUAUAGAGAGGCUAAUACAACAAGGGAUCCUAGUUCCGUGCAAAUCCCCGUGGAACACCCCUCUGUUGCUAGUGAAGAAACCAGGGACAAACGAUUACCGUCCGGUUCAGGACUUGCGAGAGGUAAACAAAAGAAUUCAGGACAUGCACCCCACGGUACCAAAUCCCUAUAACCUUCUGAGCUCUCUUCCAGAAGGACGAGUAUGGUACACCGUGCUGGACCUGAAGGACGCGUUCUUUUGCCUCUGCCUACACCCACACAGUCAACCACUGUUUGCUUUCGAAUGGUGUGACCCAGAUAGCGGCCGGGUAGGGCAGCUCACCUGGACGAGAUUACCCCAAGGAUUCAAGAAUUCCCCCACGCUCUUCGAUGAGGCCCUACACCGAGACCUUGCAGCAUUCCGGACGAAGAAUCCCCAAGUGACCUUAUUACAGUAUGUGGAUGAUCUGUUGCUGGCAGCCCCGGAUCAACUAAGCUGCAAAAAGGGGACUGAGGAGCUUCUAACCGAACUGGCUAAGCUGGGAUAUCGAGCCUCAGGGAAAAAGGCUCAGAUAUGCCAGAAAGAGGUAAUAUAUUUAGGUUAUACCCUAAAAGACGGGCAGAGGUGGCUCACUGAGGCCCGGAAACAGACCAUACUGCAGAUACCUACCCCAACCACACCACGUCAGGUGAGGGAAUUCCUGGGGACGGCAGGAUACUGUCGACUUUGGAUACCGGGGUUUGCCACUUUAGCUGCCCCUUUGUACCCGCUCACAAAAGAAAAAGGAGAGUUCAUUUGGACUGCAGAGCACCAGAAAGCUUUUGAAAGCCUAAAGAAGGCCCUGCUGCAGGCCCCUGCCUUAGCAUUACCUGAUUUAACCAAACCAUUCACUUUAUUCGUCGAUGAAAGGAAUGGGGUUGCCCGGGGGGUGCUGACCCAAACCUUGGGACCCUGGAAGCGUCCAGUGGCCUAUCUAUCAAAAAAAUUAGACCCUGUUGCAAGCGGCUGGCCUUCAUGUUUAAAGGCCAUUGCCGCUGCUGCUUUGCUGGUAAAGGACUCAGAUAAGUUAACAUUUGGUCAGUAACUGUCUAUUGUAGCCCCCCACGCCUUGGAGAGCAUUGUCCGGCAACCCCCAGACUGAUGGAUGACAAAUGCCCGGAUGACCCACUAUCAAAGUUUGCUUUUGACAGAACGAAUUGUAUUUGCACCACCAGCUGUCUUGAAUCCAGCCACCCUGUUACCUGAGAUGGGAGAUUCCCCCAUCCAUGAUUGUGAGGACGUUCUGGCAGAGGAAACUGGUGUCCGGGCGGACCUGAUGGAUCAACCUAUGCCAGGGGUGCAGGCAUGGUUCACAGAUGGGAGUAGCUACCUUGUGGAAGGUAAACGAAAGGCUGGGGCAGCAGUGGUAGACGGGAAGAGAGUCGUCUGGGCAAGUGCCCUACCCGAAGGAACUUCGGCGCAAAAAGCCGAACUAAUAGCCCUAAUACAGGCCCUAAGACUGGCAGAGGGAUUGUGUAUCAACAUCUACACGGACAGUCGAUAUGCCUUUGCAACAGCACUUGUGCAUGGCGCCAUCUAUCGCCAAAGGGGGCUAUUAACCUCGGCAGGAAAAGACAUCAAAAAUAAAGAAGAGAUAUUAAGCCUUCUGGAAGCAAUCCACCUUCCAAAGAAGGUAUCUAUUAUGCACUGCCCAGGACACCAGAAAGGCUCAGACCUUGUAGCAAAAGGAAACCAGAUGGCUGACAAACAUGCCAAGGAAGCGGCACAAGGAUCCAUGAUUCUAUUGGCAAAUACCAGAGAUUCUAUUCAAAUAAAGAGGUCAGAAGCGGCGGAAGGAACCACUCUCUCUGAAGAAGAGGGCAUAGCCUAUAUUACCCGCAUACAUCAACUGACCCACCUGGGGUCGGAAAAAAUGAUUGCACUGGUAAAGAAGUCACGGAAUAAGAUACCAGGACUGCGGAGAUUGGCGGAGAAAGUGGCCCGUGACUGCCAAGCCUGUGCAAUAACAAAUGCCGGGUCCAGUAAGAGUCCCAAAGGGACGAGGCUACGGGGAGACCGCCCUGGCACUUACUGGGAGGUAGACUUCACUGAGGUAAAGCCUGCAAAAUAUGGCAAUAGGUACCUGCUGGUCUUUGUAGAUACCUUUUCAGGAUGGGUAGAAGCUUUUCCGACAAAAAAAGAGACGGCUCACGUGGUAGCCAAGAAAAUUUUGGAAGAAAUUUUACCUCGAUUCGGAAUUCCAAAGGUAAUUGGGUCGGACAAUGGACCUGCAUUUGUCGCCCAGGUAAGUCAGUUACUGGCUAAGCAAUUGGGGAUUGACUGGAAGCUUCAUUCUGCCUACAGGCCCCAGAGUUCAGGACAAGUAGAAAGAAUGAAUAGAACCAUAAAAGAGACACUAAUCAAGUUAAUUUCAGAGACCGGUGGGGGUGAUUGGACAGCCUUUCUCUCCCUUGCUCUUUUUCGCGCGCGGAAUACCCCUGGACCGAGCGGACUAACCCCUUUCGAAAUAAUGUACGGGUCACCUCCACCCAUAAACGAGACUUUGGGGAAUACAAUGCUCCUUGAUGAUGGUAUUGUUCCCACUUCUCCCCUCGUAGCUCGACUGAAGGCGCUGGAAGUAGUUAGGAAGGAGAUUUGGGAACAGUUGAAAGAGAUCUACGCUCCAGGUGACGCUGCAGUCCCACACCAGUUUGAAGUUGGAGAUACAGUACUGGUAAGACGACAUCGAACUGGAAACCUUGAACCUAGGUGGAAACGACCUUACUCAGUACUCUUAACUACUCCCACAGCGGUAAAGGUAGACGGUAUAGCUGCUUGGGUCUACGCCUCGCACGUAAAGAAGGCACCACCAGGGACAGAUCAAAAUGAGUGGACAGUGGAAAAAUCUGAUAAUCCUCUUAAGUUACGUUUGCUUAGGAACCAACAGUAG